AUGCAGCUCGACUCUGCGGUGAAAUUUUCAGCUGUGAAUUGGAAAAGUGACUGGUAAUAUCAAGAGAUCCAAUACCAUGAUCUAGCGGCUGAUCAUGUUGGUCAACGAUUACGGAGAAGCGAUCGCUGCAGGCGGAUGGUCGACACCUGCAGGCUGUUGCAGAGCUCCAAGUGGCACGAAUUUUGGGGGCAGCGUACCGUCUCUGCACCCGACUGGAUCCCUGCGUUCCCUUCGAUCCCAUCACUCUGUGCAGGGACCCGUCGAGACGCCACGUCGAUGUUUACACUGCCAUCCUGUCAACAACCCCAUUCAUGCCAGUUAUCUGCAGCAUCAGCAACAGCUGUUGCUGCAACAACACCACCGGCAGCACCAGCAGCACCAGCAGCAGCAACAACAGCAUCAGCAUCCCCAGUAUUACACUCCGAAUCACCACGACGAACAGAACGGCACUCACGUUCCGCAGAGGAAUGGUUCCUAUCACUGCAGAAACGACAGGGGCGUGGAUUACAGAGGUGACAGGGAUCCUCGACUUCGCUCCGCUGAUAUGGAGGAAAGCAUAGCAGGACACACCAACUGGGGUCUCGAUGAUCUCCGCAGUCUCCACCGCUGCGUCCCGGCGCUUCGACGACCAGGGAUCGACGUCGCGGGGAUGAGGGCUCAUUUUUAUCCCGAGGGAGGCUGGGGCUGGCUCGUCUGCGCCGCUGGCUUCCUCGCCCUCCUGCUCACCACAGGAAUGCAACUCGCUUUCGGUCUGCUUCACCUCUACGCCGCUCGUCAUCUCGGCGAAAAUCACCUCAUGGAUAUCGCCUGGGUUGGAGCCCUCAGCGCCGCCGUGUCUAGGGGUUCGGCGCCCCUCGUCGUCGGUGCUUGUCGUCGGGGUAGCACACGACUCACCGCCGUCAUCGGAGGUCUCGUUCUGGCCCUCGCGUCCCUCUUCACUUCUUUUGCUGUUCAGAUGCACCAGGUUCUCCUAAGUUACGGACUCGUCCUUGGCGCUGGUGCCGGUCUGGUGAAGGAAACGGCCAGCCUCGUCCUGGGACACUACUUCCGAAAACGGAGGGAAUUCGUCGAGAUGGUCGUGCAGGCCGGAACCGGGGUGGGAAUUGCCCUCUUCAGUGUUUUCUACAGGGAGGCUGUUGGGAAAUUAGGCUGGAGAUUGGGCCUUCAGUCUGUCACUGGGGCCCUCUCGCUCGCCUUUUUCUUGGGCCUCGUCUACAGGAGCGCGUCUCUCUAUCAUCCUCAGCGUCGGGCGAUUCUCCACCUGAAGAACCAGCAGAGCAAGGUCAAAGAGCGGAAGCCCGCUCUAAGAACGCCCCGGCAACCCUUGGUCGACCUAAGUCCACUGGGAAGUCGACCUGUCCGAAUGUUGAUGCUCGCUGCCGGAGCUGCCGGUUUUGGUCUCUACUCCCCUGCAUUUUACAUCGCUCUCCAAGGAUACCAGGACGGCCUGGAAGCCAGCGCUCUGGUCCUGCUUCAGACGUGCCUGGGACUUGCCGCUGCGCUUGGCUGUGCAGGAUGGGGGGUGAUCACGGCCAGACCAUCGGCCCAGUGUCUCGUGUCGAGGCAAUACUUGUGCCAAGCCGCUCUCAUCGGUGUCGCUGUGGCACAGGUGGCACUUGGCAGCGUGCAGGGCUACCAUGGACUCGUUCUUGCUUCCGGACUCUACGGAGCUUCUCUCGGUGGCGUUCUGUACUCUCUGAAAAUGCUGGCUCUCGAACGGCUCAGGGCGAGACACUUCUCCAGGGCUUGGGCCCUCGUUCAGGCUGCCGAAGCUUUGCCUAUUCUUCUAGGAGUUCCUCUGACAGGUUACAUGAACGCCAGCAGCCCGCGGGUCGGCUACUACGCGUGCACCCUGAGUUCGCUGUCGGGGGCGGCGUUGCUGUUUUUGGUGGGCUGGGGGCGACAGCCGUCUUCGCUAGCGUUGGGACCCCCACCCCCGCCCUGCGCCUGCCCGCCGCCCCCGAGACCCCGUCUCCCAAAAUCGCAGAGCCUGCACGUGCCGCUGGCCAUCGACGUGGAUGACGACGUGAUUCCACAACCGAUGGAGCUGCCAGGGUACUUCCACCCCCAUUUUCAUGGCGCCCUCAGACCCAGCAAAAGCUACCCCGAGGGCCUCAGCUACCCGGAGUUUUACCGGACACGUCCCAGGGCUCAUCGCGACGUCACCGUCAUCGAACAAAUUACGACGAGCGUCUGAAGACCCUCGCCGAGUCUUAUACUUAAUUAGUCUCUAUUAAACGUCGGUCCACCGUCUACGCCCGUUGGAUGGGAAAUUAACCAAGGCUGGGAGACUCUGCUUCCCGCGGGGUGUGUUAAGUAAUUUACAUCCGCCCGGACUUCCGGCAUUUGAUUUUAGCAAUCACGAUCAAUGCCGAGGAUUCUUCGCGGUUACUUACCUUGAACGCUCUUGCUGAUGGGUAAUUUAUGAUUGUUUAUUAAUCGUUAAAGAUUAUAUAUAUAUAAGAACACGCUGAAAGGAAACUUCUCUCAUCUAGGGAUGCCUCAACCCUCGUCGGCUACUCCGUAACGGGGUGAAAUUAUGUGCAAGAAGUUGUACAAUCCGUGGGGCGAUUAAGGGUUGGAAUUAUAGCCGGUGGGUUAAUUCGUCGAACGCCGUAAAGACGCCCCUUGUUAGUCGAAAGUGACGUAACGCGCAGAAUCGUUUUACGGCCCGUGAAAUAUUAAUGGUUAGUCAUUUUACUCACGACUUCCCCUUGCACCACGUUUUAAGAACAGCUGCUAUAUUAUCUUCAGUUUUCUUAAUUUCUUUGUCUUUCCUUUUCCCAUUUAUAUAAACUUAUUUCUAGCUUGUAUACCGAU